AUGUUUUUCUGGUGUGAUUCAACCAUUGUAUUGCACUGGUUGAGGACGUCACCUCAGCGACUCAAAACCUUCGUGGCGAAUCGAGUCGCGGAGGUCCAGGAAAUCACCGGCGCGAACGAAUGGCGACACGUUAAGUCAGAAGAUAACCCGGCCGACGCGAUUUCAAGAGGCCAAUUGCCUCAUGCGUUUUUACGGAAUCAAACGUGGUUUACGGGCCCUCCGUGGUUGAUCAAAGACGAGGGCGAAUGGCCCAACGAAAACAUACAAAUAAGCGAGAUACCCGAGGUAAGGGCGGACACGUGCCUAACGACAAUAGCCGGUAAUUUCGACAUACUCAAAAGAUAUUCUUCAUUCGCUAAAUUACGCAGGGUCGUCGCAUAUUGUCGUCGAUUCCGACCUACUAACAAACGCGUAGAAACAUUAAAUGCGGAAGAAAUAAACGAAGCGGAAACAUGUAUAUUAAAACUUGUACAAGCCGCGCAAUUUUCCGAGGAAAUAAAAAAACUCAAAAGCAAACAGGCAAUAACCAAAGGUAAACUCAUUAGUUUAGAUUCUUUCUUGGAUGAAAAUGACUUGAUCCGCGUAGGAGGGCGUCUCCAAAACUCGAAACUAACCUUCUCACAGAAACACCCGGUAUUACUUCCGAGUCGGCAUCAUGUAACCGAUCAAAUUAUACGCGAGCUGCACGAAAACCAUUAUUACGCGGGAAUUCAGACUACCCUAUACAUUCUCCGUCAGAGAUUUUGGAUACUCGACGGCCGGAAUCAAGUACGCAAGGUAAUACGCGCCUGCACGCGCUGUUUUCGUUUCGACGCCAAGGCGAUUGAAUAUAAAAUGGGUAAUCUCCCGUCGGCUCGUAUACGCGACGCGAUACCCUUCACCAAUACGGGAAUAGAUUAUUGCGGCUCCUUUUAUAUAAAGGAGAAAAAACACCGUAAUCGAACGCGAAUCAAGGUCUAUGUGUGUAUAUUCGUAUGCAUGGCGAUAAAGGCGACACAUCUAGAGGUUGUGAGCGAUUUAUCGUCCGACGGUUUCCUGGCGGCGUUGCGACGAUUCGCUGCUAGACGUGGAUUGCCAGCCCAUAUCCACACUGACAAUGGGACUAACUUUGUGGGCGCAAACAAUCAAUUAAAGGAAUUGUACGCCUUAUUUAAUUCGGAUGAACACAAAAAUCUUGUAGAAAGAUUCGCUAGCGAACAUCGCAUUAAGUGGCACUUCAUACCGCCGAUAGCACCGCACUUCGGCGGGUUAUGGGAGUCCACGGUAAAGUUGUUCAAACAUCACUUCCGACGAGUGGUGGGCGACUCCUUAUUCACAUUCGAGGAGUUAAAUACGUUUGUAGUUGAGGUCGAAGACAUCCUAAAUUCCAGACCUAUUACUUCCCUUUCCUCCGAUCCGAACAUGUUGGUGUUAACACCGGCGCAUUACUUAAUUGGAAAGCCGCUAACGACCCUCCCGGAGGGCGAUUUAUCGUCUGUUCCAGCUAAUCGGUUGUCUUGCUGGAAACACAUCACAAAGGUACGGCAAGAUUUUUGGGCUCGAUGGUAUCUUGAAUAUCUAAACGAGUUUCAAAAACGUCAAAGGUGGACUAAGGACGGACCGAAGCUGAAUGUUGGAACAAUCGUACUCCUAAAGGAUAAGAACCUGCCAUGUUCACAAUGGGCAAUGGGCAAAAUCACCGAGCUACACCCAGGCGAGGACGGCAUAGCGCGGACUGCCACCAUCCAAACGGCCACCGGGGAGCUAAAGAGGACAACUAAGCUUCUAUGUCCAUUACCAAUCGACUAA